AUGUUACCCUGCUGCUAUGCCAUAUGGCCCUGGAUGCUGAGACACAACACAACCUCAUCAAGUGACACCCAAACUGAAGGAGUGGUUGAUACACUGGAGAACAGGGUUUCCAUUCAGAAGGACCUCAGCAAACUGGAGGAACAAGCUAGCAGGAACCUCAUGAAGUUCAACAAAGGCAAAUGCAAAGUUGUGAAUCGGGGUCGGAAGAACCCCACAUGCCAGUCCGUUUUGGGGAGGUGGGGUCGGCCGGGGUGUUUGUUGUCCUGUGGGAGCUACCCCCGCGCUGGGCGGGGCGGGGCGGGGGCGAUAAGCACCGCCGGGCCGGGCCGGGCCGGGCCGGGCGGACUACAGGCCCCGUCAUGCCGGGCGCGGGCGGGCGGUAGCGGCGGGACUCGCCUGCGCCGCCAGACGUGGCAGCAGCCCGCAGCGGCGGCGGCGGGUCCGGAGCGGGUCCGGGCGGCGGCGAUGGCUGUGCCGGGGCAGGGCGCGGGGGUUGCGCGGCGGCGCGGCCGGCUCCCGCGGCUGCUGCCGCUGCUCGGGCUGGCGGCAUUCUUGCCGAUGUUUGUGUACUCGUUGAAGGUGUCUCCACUCAUAGAAAAAAUAAGUGAUCACAAGGAUUUUAAGAAGCUUCUCAGGACACGGAAUAACAUACUAGUGCUGUAUUCCAAAUCUGCUGCUGCUGCGGAAAGCUCACUCAGGUUACUGUCCAGUGUGGCCCAGGAGGUGAAAGGACGAGGUACUAUAAGCUGGAUAGACUGUGGUGAUACUGAAAGCCGAAAAUUAUGCAAGAAGAUGAAAGUAAAUCCUAAUUCAAAGGAGAAAGGAGUGGAAUUACUCCAUUAUAAGGACGGUGCAUUUCAUACUGAAUAUAACAGAGCGGUCACAUUGAAGUCCAUGGUGGCCUUUCUCAAGGAUCCAGAAGGUGCUCCACUAUGGGAGGAGGAUCCUGAAGCCAAAGAUGUUGUGCAUGUUGACAGUGAAAAGGAAUUGAGAAGGCUUCUGAAGAAGGAAGACAAACCCCUUCUGAUGAUGUUCUAUGCCCCAUGGUGUGGUGUUUGUAAGAGAAUGAUGCCAUCUUAUCAGCAGGCAGCCACAGAACUGAAGGGUAAAUAUGUUCUUGCAGGGAUGAAUGUUUACUCUGCUGAAUUUGAAAGGAUAAAGGAAGAAUACAAUGUCCGGGGAUAUCCUACAAUCUGCUAUUUUGAGAAAGGAAAGUUCCUGUUCCAUUUUGAGAACUAUGGUGCUACUGCAGCAGAUAUAGCAGAGUGGCUGAAAAACCCACAGGCACCUCAGCCACAGGCUCCGGAGGUUCCCUGGGCAGAUGAAGAAAAUGUAGUUUAUCACCUGACUGAUGAAGACUUUGACAAGUUUAUAAAAGAUCAUUCAUCUGUGCUAGUGAUGUUCCAUGCACCAUGGUGUGGACACUGUAAGAAAAUGAAGCCAGAAUAUGAGAAGGCUGCAGAGUUUCUCCAUGUAGCCAGUGAUAGUCCAGGUGUCCUUGCAGCAGUCGAUGCUACCGUCAACAAGGCACUGGCAGAAAGAUACCACAUCUCAGGGUUUCCCACUUUGAAGUAUUUUAAGGAUGGAGAGGAAAAGUACACUCUGCCACACCUCAGAACAAAGAAGAAGAUCAUCGACUGGCUGCUUAAUCCUGAAGCACCACCUCCACCUGAGCCUGCAUGGGAAGAAAAACAAACUAGUGUUAUCCACCUUGCUGGAGAAGACUUCAGGGAGUCCUUGAAGAAGAAGAAGCACACCCUUGUCAUGUUCUAUGCACCAUGGUGUCCCCACUGUAAAAAUGCCAUUCCGCAUUUUACAACCGCUGCUGAAGUCUUUAAAGAAGAUCGGAAGAUCGCCUACGCUGCAGUGGACUGUGCCAAAGAACAGAAUCAUGACCUGUGUAAGCAGGAGGGGGUUGAUGGCUACCCCACCUUCAACUAUUACAACUACGGGAAAUUUGUGGAGAAAUAUACUGGAGAAAGAGGGGAGUCUGGAUUCACCACUUUCAUGCGAGUCCUGAGAGAAAGAGACCAUGAAAGAGUAGGAAAGAAGAAGGAUGAAUUGUAGUUUCUGCCUCAAAAGAAGCUUUCCGCUGCACUGUGAAUGGUUCCAGGUCUUUUGUUAAUGCACCUGAGACUUCACAUAUUCUCAAGACAGAGACUUUUUUUUAUAAACAGCCAUGGCCAUUUUGUACAAUUUUGAAAUAAAGUGAGACCACUUGAUUUUUAAAAAGAAAAUAAAUUAGAAUGUUGCCAUAAUGUUUUAAAGAAGACUUAGCAUUUUCUCUCAUGUUGUGAGACUAUGCCCACUGACACUCCUAUGCAAUAUUUUUGUAGUCUGUAGUGUGUCUGUAGGUGAUGUUGUUUGAUAGGGUGAUUUUUUUUUUUUUUAAGGUAUUGCAGUACAUGUAAAAAACAAAGGGGAGGGGACACAUUUUUUUGUUUGGCUUUAUGGUUUGGUUUGUUUUUUUUUUAAACCAGUGAAGGAAAAUGGGACUUUUAAGACAUGAAUUUAUCCAAAUACAGUUUUACAUUCUUGUGAAAUAAUUACAUGUUCUUCAGUGAGAUUUAGGGGAACAAUUUUAAGGUGCUCAGGGAUAAAUAAGGUAUCUGAGUUAAUGAAGACAUUAACAUUGACCAGUCCAGAUCUGUUGAUUUAAUUUAAAUCUCUCUAGUCCUUACAUCAGGACUGUUUACAUACCUUUAUGGAAUGUAUUGAGUGAACUAUGCCAAGUGUCAAAAAUCAGCAGAGCAUGGGUAAAAUUGAACUAAACCCUCCUUUUUUUGGCAUCAGUAUUGUCAAAUACAUCUGUAACUUAUGGCAGGAGUGAUUAUGUUAUAGGGGUAUACAGUUACCCUUAUAGGGUAUACAGUCUCCCUUCAAAUUAUGAUUGGACCAUAUAAAAUAUGUGUUGAAAAGUGUUAUAUUCAACUGUUUUGAUAAAUGCGUAAUACUUUUGAUAAUGGAGUAAUUGUGUAUAUUACGUGUUUACAUUCCAAAAGUUUAUCUGCAUUUGUAUGUGGGAUUUUUCAUUUCUGCUUUUUAAGGGGUUACAAAAUCAUUGCUGUAAAACCUGUAUCAGCAGCAGUUGAAAUGUGUUACACUCUUGAUGCUAAAAAAAAAAAAAAAAAAAAAAAAAAAAGAUGAUCUGGACAUACUUACGUCUUCACAGGAGGGAAGGGGUGGGGCAGGAAGUUGUGAUUCACUUUGAACUAAAAAUAAAUUUUAAAAAAAGACAA